CCAAACAUCCGUACUUUAUGGCACAUGGAAUUUUGUAGAUCUGAAGAAAGUCGGUGACCAAAAAAUAACCGAGGAACCUGUUCUUUUCGUUUCAAUUCUAGGAGAAAUACUGACGAAUUUUAUAACUCCUUACUCUUCGGAGAGACAGAUAUUUGAAUUUCUUGAUGGAGAAUUCACAAGAUUUAUGCAGCACAGAGGGAGAUGGGGAUGGACGGAAGGAUGUGGCUUCCACUUCUUACACCACCGCAUGCGUCGGCGCUGCGUAUCGGUUGUUUGGACGUCAAGAGUCGAUGCACAACUGCUUGGGCGGCGGUCAAGCUGCUGAUGUUUUGUUGUGGAAGCGGGGGCGUGUUUCCUUCGGCACUAUCAUUGUUUCUACAGUUUCUUGGCUUGUGUUUGAGCGGUCUGGAUUAUCAUUCUUAUCAGUUUGUGCGGACAUCUUGCUGAUUUUGGUUGUACUCUUAUUCCUUCGUGCCAACUAUGCUGUUUAUAGAAAUAAACAAUUGCAAACAUUACCGGAGUUAGUACUAUCGGAGGAAAUGGUUAACAAUGCUGCAGCAUCGUUUCGUGUUAAAAUCAACAAUGUGCUGCUUAUGGCUCAUGAUAUCACUCUCGGCAAAGAUUUUAGACUGUUUUUCAAGGUGGUGGUUUGUCUGUGGCUCUUCUCCGUCAUUGGAAGCUUUUUCUCCUUCUUUACACUUGCGUAUAUUGGUUCAAUCUUGUCAAUAACACUUCCUGCCUUGUACAGCAAGCAUGAAGAAACUGUGGAUGGGUAUUGCGGAAAGAUCCACCGGCAGUUUUCAAAGCAUUACAAAAUCGUGGACGAGGGUGUUUUUAACAGACUCCCCAGAAAUGUACCAAAGGACAAAGAUUCUUAAUCUGGAAAAUUUAGGUUCAAACUCUAUCAGUAGCGUAGCGGAUUUUUUCCCGUUGUUUUUGUUCUUGUUCUGUCAUCUGCAUGUUGCUUUCUAAUUGGUGUUGGUCGGGAUGUGAAACUUCAAGUUCCUUCGAGUGAAGAUUUCAGCGUAAAGCCAUUUUCCCCGUUUCGCGUCCGAGUCUGGAUUUGGUUUCUUGUGUAAUAAUGAACGUAAGCUUAGAUGUAUAGAACAGAACACUUCUGCAAUGCAUACAUUUCAUAUAAUUCCAUGGUAUUUUUUGCGAUAA